UUUCCAUUGUAGUAUUAUUCCCUUAUGCCUGAACCUACUAAAGAACAAAUAGAAGCUAUUUUCAAAAAGCUCAAGCAAAAUAGAUAUAACAAGUCUUGCUUUGACUGUAUGUCUAAAAACCCAACUUGGUCCUCUAUUCCUUUUGGUGUUUAUAUUUGUAAUGAAUGCUCUUCUGCUCAUCGAAAUCUUGGUGUUCAUAUUAGUUUUGUUCGAUCUACUGUUCUUGAUACAUGGACUUGGGAACAACUUCGAUAUAUGAAAGUAGGUGGAAAUCAAGCUGCUAUGGAAUUUUUUUCAAAACACAAUGGUUUAGCAACUACUAAAGAUACUCGAUUGAAAUAUGGUGGUCGUGUUGGUCAACUUUACAAGGCUCGACUUGACAAAAAAGUUGCCCAAGACACUGUCGAGAAUCCUACCAGUGUGAUUAUCGAUAUUGGUGAACAACCUCAGGAAACGCUAUCGCCUUCUCUCGAACCUUCGGACGAUACAGCAUCACCCGUUACUGAGAAGACGACGAUGGAUAAAACUGAAGCACUUGACGAAAAACAGUCAUCAGGAACCACUUCUCAUGCCUCAACGGAAAUACCUCCUGUAACUGAUGCCAUAUCUUCUACUGAUAUAUCUUCAUCAUCUGUUAUUGGUUCGGAACCUUCUUCAACCCCAGAUACCAUUGAUAGUUCAACAACAACACCAGCAACAGCAACCGCAACAACACGUAAACCACGAACAACAAUAGGUGCUAGACGUGGAGUCAAGUCCAACAAAUUAGGUGUGAAAAAGGCGACAAAUUUCAACUUUGAACAAGCGGAAGAAAGGGCGAAAAAGGAAACAGAACGACAGGCAAAAUUGGGUUACAGUAAUGAAGACAAUACAAAUGAAACAUCGGAAAAUGUGGAUUCGACAGCUCCUCCUUCUUUAUCUUCUAGACUAAUGUAUCAACAGCAAUCUACUGGAAACACAUCAUCAACUUCAGCUACUAGUAAUCCAUCUGAGCAAGAUGCCAUUGAAAAGUUAGGCUUUGGUAUGUCUCGAUUGAAUGCAUCAUCACAACCAUCAUCCAAAUCAAAUCAACCAUCCACAAAGAACGUUAGUUAUGAAGACAGUUCCUCGGCUAAGGAAAAAUUUGGAAAUGCGCGCGCAAUAUCAUCAGAUCAAUACUUUGGACGAAAUGAAUAUGAUCCAGCAGUAUCUGCUGCCGAAUCCGCUAGAUUGAAACAGUUUUCCGGUGCCUCAGCGAUUUCUUCUUCUCAAUAUUUUGGCAAUGACGAUGACGAUUUUCAACAACGUCGAAGUACAGCAACAUCUGGAGAAUGGGAUAUAUUACAAGAUCAAGCUGUUGCUGCUGCUCGCAAAUUUGUUGGUCAAGCUGCUGCCGAUCUGGAUGCUGUCAAAGAUUUAGCCGAAAAUGCCACUAGCAAGUUGCAAGAUAUAUUUCAAGAUUUGCAGCAUCGUUAUAAUUACUAG